AUGGCCCCCACCCAUGAAAUGGUAGCCAACUGCGGCUACCAGACCCCGGAUGAGCACAGCAACCGCCCCUCGUACUUUGCUACUCCGAACGAAUCUCCUUUGGCAUCAUUGCCCUUACCUAGGUCUCCUUUGAGACGCCCCCCCUUUGUUCCUCAUUCCUCCUAUGGACCGGCCUUAGAAACGGAGGAUGGCAUGGCGAUGCCACGGGCCGAGCGACAGCCAGAGUCGAAUGAGUCUAGUCCAAACAACGCAAAAGCUACGUUAGAGAAGCAUUCUAGCUUGGGCAAAGCUACCGGAGGAAUGGCGAAUGUGAUACACUCUCUUCCCUACCAAGCUACCUGGCUCAAUGGCAUAGCCGUAGCUUUCUUCCUUCUCAACGUCAUCUUCUUCAUCAUGAACUGUGCCCUUGCCAGUAUUCGAUUCAAAUCUAGACCAGGGGCUCUCACCCAUUCAUUUACAGACCAGACGGAAUCGCUCUUCAUUCCUUCAGCUGUUGUUUCCUUCGCCAUCAUAUCGAUCAACAUAUGCCAGUUCGGUGUGCCGCAUGUAGGGCCUUGGCUCCUUAGAAUCAUGCAGAUUCUGUUCUGGUUCUACAUAGCUUUGAGUGUGGUUGCGAGUGCCACUAUUUACCUGAUUCUUUGGUCGACAUUGAUCUUUCCCAUUCAUACCAUGACUCCCACCUGGGUCUUUCCGGCCUAUCCUCUGCUUCUCACGGCACCUUUCGCAAGCAACCUUAUCCAAGCCGCUGUGCAAACAAAUCAGCAGGUCGUUACUCUCAACAGGACUGCCAUUGCACUCUGUGCAGUCGCUACGCAAGGUGCGGGCUGCUUGAUUGCCUUCAUGAUCUCUGCUGCGUUUAUCUAUCGGUUGAUGACGCAGAAAUUACCGCGGGAUUUCCAACGCCCUGGUGUGUUCAUCUCUAUCGGACCAUUUGCUUUCACGGUUGGAGGAUUAGUUCAACUCGGUAAUUCCGCAGACAAAAUUCUGCCCAGCAAUUUCCUGGGCACCGACCUGGCCGUGCCCAUCAUCAAAGUCAUGUCUGUCUUGAUUGGGCUAUGGCUUUGGGGUUUGAGCAUGUGGUUCUUCAUCGUUUCUGUAGGAUCGCUUUGGAAGUAUGUGCGGCCAGAGAGCAAGAUGCCUUUCCAAAUGACAUGGUGGUCAUUUGUCUUCCCGAAUACUGCACUUGUCACAGCCACGACCGCGCUUGGCAAAGCCUUGCAGAAUAACGGAUUGCAGAUAUUCGGAUGCGUCUUCGCCGCGUGUCUGAUAGUCAUCUGGUUUAUUGUAUUUGUAACGAUGAUUCGAUGUUUGUACAAGCGGGAGCUCUUAUGGCCAAAAGAUACCCAAUAGUGAACAAUUUUAGAGGUUUACUUCUGCAACGGAGCUUCUUAAGAAGUACGAGAAACCUUGAUCAAACC